GCGUUUUCCAUCUAGAAGUUCGCAACGACAAAGAAGCAACAUCCUCGUGAAAGUUGCAGUCUCCUCCUCGUCCUCUGCUCUCCAUCUCCCUUCCUGGCCUGUGAGCUCCGUCUCUAUUACGCAACCCUCGACAAAAUCCACAGAUUGGGGGUGAUAGAACCAGAGAGGGAAGAAGAGGAAAGUAGAGAGAGCAGGUGGGGGCGCUUCGUUUCGCAGCUGCAGAAAAUGGCAGGGUCGUCCGGGAGAUUACCGACCUGGAAGGAGAGGGAAAAUAACAAGAGGCGAGAGAGGAGACGAAGGGCCAUAGCUGCUAAGAUUUACGCGGGUCUUAGAUCUCAAGGUAACUAUAAGCUCCCGAAGCAUUGUGACAAUAACGAGGUCUUGAAAGCUCUCUGUGCGGAGGCUGGUUGGCUGGUUGAUGAAGAUGGCACUACCUAUCGCAAGGGAUGCAAGCCACCUCCUAGUGAACUUGGAGUUGCCUCGGCAAACAUCAGUGCAUGUUCCUCUGUUCAACCUAGUCCUCAAUCCUCUGCUUUUCCUAGUCCUAUACCUUCUUACCAUGGCAGCCCUGCAUCAUCCUCAUUUCCAAGCCCAACUCGGCUUGAUGGAAACCCCUCAACAUAUCUUCUUCCAAUCCUUCACAAUAUUGCAUCCAUCCCUAAUAAUCUCCCUCGUCUUAGAAUAUCAAAUAGUGCUCCUGUAACCCCACCCCUUUCUUCCCCAACGUCCAAGGGGCCUAAACGAAAGGCUGACUGGGAAUCCCUUUCCAAUGGUUCUCUCAAGUCAUUUGUCCACCCACUUCUUGCUGCCUCUGCCCCUUCUAGCCCUACACGCAGGCGUCAACUUGCACCUGCCACAAUACCAGAAUGUGAUGAAUCCGAUGCCUCUACUGUGGAUUCUGGCCGUUGGGUCAGUUUUCAAACAAUGGUACAAGCAUCAGCAUCAGCAUCAGCUGCUCCUCCUUCACCUACUUUCAAUCUUGUCAAGCCAGUUUUUCAACAAGGUUCUCAACAAAAUGGUUUUGAUGGACACGGGCCAGCGGUCCAGGGGACAGCAGCAAAGAGGGGGAGAGGAUCAGAGUUUGAGUUUGGGAAUGAUAGGGUUAAACCUUGGGAGGGUGAGAGAAUACAUGAGAUGGAUGAAUUAGAACUUACUCUAGGAAGCAGCAAGACCCGUGCAUAACCAUCCAUUACUGGUGCUUGUUCUGCUUAGCAAGUUGAGUGGCAUACCUUGGUUAUCCUUAUCCUUUUGACCUGUUACUUGGAGAUCAUGACUCUGUACUUGAUUCGAUGCGUCUUUCUUUCACAUGUACAGCUUUCAUUGUCAAGGAGUCAUUGCAAGAUCUUAGCAAUAUUGGAUAUAAGUUUUGAUGGCCAAAGAGUGAAAUUAUUGGCAACUUUGUAGGCAGCAGCAUGUGUGGCAAUUCUGCUAGUAAUGAAGAAAAAUUGGAGGUGAGUUGUUUCGGGAAUUGGUAUAUAUUCUUCCCCCUUUUCAAUUUCUAAGUUUAUAUUUUUGUUAUAAUUUCUUCAUUAUCAUAUCAUAGGAUUCUAUUUCAAUUUGUCACUAAGGUGGUUUCCCAGGCUUGUAAUAGAUAGAUUGUGAUCCUUUACAGUUUGCAGUAAAAUAUAUAUGCAUCCUUUUAGGAACCACUCUAGAGAAAAUAUUCCUAGGAAGUUUGAUUAUUGCUUUAUUCUUUGAAA